GCGGGUGCGGGGGAAUGCGGGGGCUGCGGAGGGGGUGGCCCUUUUAAGAGGCUCGGCCGGCCGGGACCGACCAGACGGAGCAGCGCGGGGACUCGCCUCGGCCGCACUCAGCAGCCUGCAGCGCUCGGCUCCUGCCCUCGCAUCUGCCUUUGCAGGAUGGACGAAGACGGUGACGCAGAGAGGGCAGGCCAACCAGAGGAGGAGAGCCCGGAGGACCAACAGGAGGAGGUGGUGGAAGAGCAGGAGGAACAGGAGCAGGAGGAGGAGGACCAGGCGGCCUACCUAGACGAGCUGCCUGAGCCCCUGCUGCUGCGCGUCCUGGCAGAGCUGCCCGCCGCCCAGCUGGUGCAGGCCUGCCGCCUGGUGUGUCUGCGCUGGAAGGAGCUGGUAGAUGGCGCCCCCCUGUGGCUGCUCAAGUGCCAGCAGGAGGGGCUGGUGCCCGAAGGCUGCGCUGAGGACGGGCGCGACCACUGGCAGCAGUUCUACUUCCUGAGCAAGAGGCAGAGGAAUCUACUGCGAAACCCCUGUGGGGAAGAGGACUUGGAAGGCUGGAGUGAUGUGGAACACGGUGGGGACGGCUGGAGGGUGGAAGAGCUUCCUGGAGACUGCGGGGUGGAGUUCAUUCAGGACUGUGGAGUCAAGAAGUUCUUUGCCUCAUCCUUUGAGUCUUCUAGGUGGUGCCGUAAGGCUCAGCUGGUGGAUCUCCUUGCUGAAGGCUACUGGGAGGAGCUGCUGGACACCACCCAGCCGGCCAUCGUGGUGAAGGACUGGUAUUCAAGCCGCAGCGAUGCCGGCUGCCUGUACGAGCUCUCGGUGAAGCUGCUGUCGGAGCACGAGGAUGUGCUGGCAGAGUUCAGUAGCGGCCAGGUGGCGGUGGCCCCGGACAGCGACGGUGCCGGCUGGACCGAGAUCUCCCACACCUUCACCGACUAUGGGCCCGGCGUCCGCUUCGUCCGCUUCGAGCACGCGGGGCAGGACUCGGUCUACUGGAAGGGCUGGUUUGGGGCCCGGGUGACCAACAGCAGUGUGUGGGUGGAGCCCUAGGCCACGCGCAGCCCCCCAGCCGCCCUGCUGGCAUCCAGGGCAACCUAUGUAGUGGUAACACCGCCCCUGCCCCCUGCCCCGCCCCGCCCUGCUCUGCUCUCUCCAGACCCUGACUCCAGGCUCAGCCCUGCGGCUCAAGGAGGGUUUGGCAGUGUAUCUUAGCAUGGAGAAAAUGAGGUGAGGUCCUUGGCUGGGCCCACCACUGAACAGCACCUCUUCCCCACCCUGUCACCUAGCACAGUGCCCACCGCAAAGUGGGCACCCAAUAAACAUUAUUUGUCCAAGGAA